AUGUCCUUUUGCAACAACUCCGUUCCUCAGCCCUUGAUAUUUGUCUUGGCUGGAAUUCCCAGCCUGGAAUCUUCCCAUGGCUGGUUCUCUGUGCCUUUUUUCUUGGUAUUUGUGAUUACAGUCAUUGGAAACCUCACCAUCUUAUGUAUCAUCCGGGUAGAGAAUAGUCUUCAUGAGCCCAUGUUUCUCUUCCUGGCCAUGCUGUCAGUUGCUGAUCUGUCUCUGGUCAGUGCCACUGUGCCCCACAUGCUGGGCAUCUUCUGGGGGGUGGAUGCCAAGGAAAUCAGCUUCAAUGCCUGUCUCAUGCAGAUGUUUUUCAUCCCUUUCUUUUAUGUCAUAGAGUCUGGGAUCCUCCUGGCCAUGGCUUUUGACAGAUUUGUAGCCAUCUGGAAACCUCUGAGAUAUACAACCAUCCUUGCUAACAACAUGCUUGUGAAGAUGGCACUGGCUAUCCUGGCAAGGGCAUUGGUAGUGCUGAUCCCAGCCCCUAUCCUGGCAAAAAGCCUGGAAAGCUUCCAAACCCACACCAUUGCUUAUUCCUACUGUGCCUACAUGGCUGUGGUACAGAUAGCCUGUGGAGACAUCUCUAACCACAUUGUCUAUGGCCUCAUGGUUAUUGUGGCUUCCAUGGGAUUUGAUCUGUUUUUUAUCAUUCUCUCAUAUGGAUUGAGACUUCAUACUGUCUUUCUGAUACCAUCUUGGGAGGCACGGGGCAAAGCUAUCAGCACCUGUGGCUCUCAUCUCUGUGUCAUCGCUCUCUUUUAUUCUCCUGUUGUCUUCUCUGUCCUGGCUCAGAGUUUAGGCUUCCAUAUGACUCCCCAUCUACAGAUCAUCAUUGACAACCUCUACUUCCUGGUGCCUCCCAUGGUCAAUCCCUUGAUUUAUGGAGUCCGGACCAAGCAAAUGAGGGAGCGGGUGCUGCAGAUCCUUCACUAUCUUGGAGACUGA